AAACCUUCACUGCUCCAAAAUUCAUUUGGGCGGGAUGGCUGAAAUAUUUACUUCCUUUUUCAUCAACAAGCUCGUACAUCUCAGUAACUUGGGUUUGUCUACCCUCCUGGACAAUGAGACAAAAGGUAAAACAAAAGGUGAAAAAAAUAAUUUGUUUCAAAUUUAUUACACAUUUAUUACAGAUUUAUUUUUCAAAGUGAAUUCUAUACUUGAAUUUAUAUCAACACAGCUAUCGUCAAUUACUGAUCAAAGUUUACUAUUAGACAAUGGAAAACCAUGUUCAAAAUAGCCAAAAGGCCAUUUUUCAAAACCAACCAAAUAACGUUGAAAAAAUCAAGUCUUUGAAGGAUUGGCUAGAUGAGCUGAGUUUCAAUGACACUAGUUCUGAGCUAUGGGAAAUGCCAAAUAAAAAAUCAAUUGCAAAUACUUCGCCUGCCGAAAUUGCAAGCAACUCCAAUACUACUCAAUUGGUGCUCAACGUUAAUGACAAAGCCAAUAAAAUCCAUGAUGCUGAUAGGGGUCAACAACCUGUGAUGCUGCUGCUGUUAGCUCAGAAGACGUCUUUUGAUAAAGAAGACAAACUCAAUUGUCUGGCAAACUGCCAUUGGACAAAUGCAUGGUUUGAUAAUGGUAAAGUGGUUCCUUGCUUGAAAGUGAAAUAUCGCUCAUUACUUUCUGAUACUGAGUAUCAAUAUCUUCUUGGUAAUGGGCAAAACCCAAAAGCCCCAAAUGGCUUCAAGAAAGCAAAAAGGUAUCAAUAUGUGGUUAAAAAUAACAUUUUAUAUAAUAAAAAAAGCAAGAUCCAGUUGAGUGUUUCGAACUGGAAAGCUAAAUGCAUACAAUUUAUGGAACAGAAUCAAUUCAAAAGCCAAAAUGAUGCGGUAAACUCAUUCACAAAAUUAUACCAUGGAGCACCAAAAGAAUUGAUAAGAAACAUUUAUCAGCAUGUAAAUGGAAAAAAGGCAGCUAAUUUAAUAUUUGCCACCACAGCUGAUAUAUCAAAUAAUGAAGACCGGAUUAAUAUUGAAAAUACUCAUACUACAGUAAGUGAUGAUCACCAGAAUAAUGAGAAGCCUGAUAAUGCAAUUGACAGUGAGGAUGAUGAUACAAAUAUUAUCAGGACUCAAAAAACACCUCUGAUUAAGAAGAUGGAUGAAAUCUAAAGAUACAGUGUAAAAGGAUGAUGUGACGUUUAAAAGAGAAACUCCAAGCUUGAAAACAGUAGGUGGUAACGAUGCUAAUAAGGACAUCAUCUUUAAUUUACUACAACAGUUGAACUCAAUCAGUGGAAAAAAAUCAAGGCAAAUAAAUCAAACAGACUCAAAUGAAUAUAUUUCACCUUAGAGAUGUUUGGUUCAGAUUCAAAUUGCGUCCGGAAACCUAAAGGCUCCCCCGGAUAUACCUAAUAGCACGUGUUAAUCUAACAUUUCCGGCUCUGCUGCAUCAAAUGCCACAAAAGCUGGAGAAGCAGC